UGAGCCCACCUCCACUUCCUUCCUCUCCUGGGGGCUAAAAGCAAGCCAGGAGGGAGAACCAGCAGCUCUGACCUGGUCAGUUUUCCUGGGAAGAUGCAGCUGCUCAUGCUCCUAUUAGCUUUUCUUCUGGCCCCUGGGGGAGAGACAGGGGAGAUCAUCGGGGGACAUGAGGCCAGGCCCCACUCCCACCCCUACAUGGCAUUUCUUCACAUCUGGGAACAGACGCAUAAAAAGAUGUGUGGUGGUUUCCUGAUCAGCGAGGACUUCGUGCUGACAGCUGCUCACUGCUGGGGAAGGAAAAUAAAUGUCACCCUGGGGGCCCACAACAUCAAGGAGCAGGAAAAGACCCAACAGCACAUCCCUGUGAGAAAAGCCAUCCGCCACCCAGACUAUAAUGAGAGGACUAUUUCCAACGAUAUCAUGCUACUACAGCUGAAAACAAAGGCCCAACGGACGGCGGCUGUGCGCCCGAUCCCCCUGCCCAGGAAAAAGGCCCAGGUGAGGCCAGGACAGGUGUGCAGUGUGGCUGGCUGGGGCAAGGUGGGCAGAACGAGCCAGUACCCAGCCACGCUGCAAGAGGUGGCACUGACUGUGCAAAAGGACCAGAUGUGCAAGUCCAACUUCUCCAACUAUUACAACAGUACGUCUGAAAUGUGUGUGGGGGACCCGAAGAAGAUGAUGUCUUCCUUUCAGUUGACAUGAAUUAUCACACGUGACCCAAGAGCAACAGUCUAUGGAUUUGGAAAUGACUGUGGUUUCUAGACAUGACGUUUCCAAACUGUGUUUACUGAAGCAACUUCACCUAGAGGAGAGGGCAGGCAUGGAUAUAAUUGUACAGAUUCAAAUUAUAGGAAAAAAAAAAUUAUGUAUUUGCCUGAAAGCAUUAGAGUCUGAUUCUAAACACCCAUCCUAUUGGACUGGUCAGCAACAUAAUUCCAGUCAUUACUGCAAGCUAUUGCCUAUUCAGAAUCAAAUUAGAAUCAGGGAGGCCUACAUGGUCUGGAAAAGAGGAGAAUACUUAUCUUUAGGCCAUCAUGGUUGCUGGUAUAUCCAAAGUUUCCAAGAACUCCUUGACUUCUCAGUGCUAGAAGUUCUUGGCUUGGGAGCCAGACACAAAGUAUGUGAAGUUUUGCUGAAUAUGAGUCUCCCUGUGUUUGAGGCUCCAUUUGCCAGACACACCCAGCAGCCAUCUCCUCUGCAGUCUUGCCACUAAUAUGGAGCACUGCCUGGGAGCUAAGUAUAAGUUUCAGCCCUGAGUCAAUGCCUCCCUGCUACCAACACCAGCAACAUUGUGCUCAUUUGUGACAAGAAGUAAAUAUGUUUCUCUGGGAUCGUGUAACCCUAAAAGGGCAUACCCUCCCACACCUUGUUGCCCACAAAGUAUGCUGCAACGCAAACUCUUAAUGAUCUUGGACACUUUUAAAAGGAAAGAGCACUGGAUGUCACACAGCUUCUGAUUUGGGGAUGAAAGAUAUUCUGUAUCUAAGACAUAAGAGGAGCCCUGGUGGUACAGUGGUUAAGAACUCGGCUGCUAAGAAAAAAGUCAGCAGUUCAAAUCCACCAGCGGCUUCUUGGAAGCCCUGUGGAGUAGUUCUACCCUGUCCUACAGGAUUGCAGUGAGUUGGAAUUGACUGGAUAGCAAUGGGUUUCCAGGAGUAUUUUAAGUUACAUUUAAAUAGGUUUUACACAAUUUUGGUCAAGUUGUUCCUUGUUGUUAUUGUAACAGAUUUUCUUUUUAACAUUUUCAAACUGGUUGUUGUUUGUAUAUGUGGAGAAUAUUAAUUUUAUUUUAAUUUUUAAAUAAAAUUUUAAAAAGCUGUAAGUACAGUACAAGGAAAAUUUUUUUCCCAAACUGUUUGAAAUGAUGCUCCAUUUCUUCCUGAAUACCUCACUGUUUAAUUCCUAAAAACAAAGACACUGUCUUACAUAAACACAGUACAAUCAUCAAACUUAGGAAGUUAGCAUCAAUGCCAUCAAUGUCAUUACUACCACCUGAUUUUC